CUCUCUCUCUCUCUCUCUCUCCAGCUGUUGCUAGCUGUCUCCUCUUCCCUUGUCAUGUGACCCCCUCUUCUCCUCCUCCACAUCUUCAACCCCACCUACAACAUAAGAAAAUUUAACUGCCACCCCCACUACAUCAACAACAGCAACAACAAACAAAGAAACACAGAGGGGAGGAGAGAGAGAGAGGAAACAACACCAGGAACACAAAUCAAUGAGUGUCAUUUGAAUUUGAAUUGAAAGAGAAGAUCUCUACAGUCCCAUUUCUUAUCCAUUGGGCUCCAAUCAAACAACAAGGCUCUUAUAUCAAGGCAGCAUUGCUUGGCCGGUCUCGGACCAAGCUCUUUUUUUAGUUAGAGAGAGAGAGAGAGAGAGAGAGAGCUAUGGCUCAGCUCCCUCCCAAGAUCCCCACCACCAUGCCCCCAACCUGGCCCAACUUCGGCCACCAACGUCCACCCUCCUCCAUCCCAACCCCCUCGCCGCCACCUCCUGGCUUCCAGCCCUCAUGGGUCGACGAAUUCCUCGACUUCUCCUCCACCAAGCGCAGCUCCCACCGCCGCUCCGCCAGCGACUCCAUCACCUUCGUCGAGGCCGCGGCCGCCGCCGCCGCCGCCGCCGAAUUCGAUCGCCUCGACGACGACCAGCUCAUGUCCAUGUUUCCCGACGACGUCCCGCCCCCUUCAUCCUCCUCCGCCGGUGCUGCGCUCGCCGUCUCGUCUUCCAACCCCUCCACGCCGUCCGACCACAACAGCAUCCACGAUGACAAGCCCACCGCAAUGAUCGAGUCGGCUGAAGAGGCGCAGAGUGCUUGCAAGGCCGAGCCGCUGGCGCCAGCACAGGCUCAACCGGCCGCAGGGCCCGAGCUCAUAGUGGACCCCAAGAGAGUCAAGAGAAUAUUAGCUAAUCGGCAGUCGGCGCAGAGGUCGCGAGUGAGGAAGCUGCAGUACAUCUCGGAGCUGGAGCGCAGUGUGACGACGUUGCAGACCGAGGUGUCGGCCUUGUCGCCUCGGGUCGCAUUCCUCGAUCACCAGCGCUCCAUUCUUACAGUGGGAAACAGCCAUCUCAAGCAGCGGAUUGCAGCCUUGGCGCAGGACAAAAUUUUUAAAGAUGCCCACCAAGAGGCAUUAAAGAAGGAGAUCGAGAGGCUAAGGCAAGUAUACCACCAGCAGAAUCUUAGAAAAAUGUCUGCUCCCACCUCCAAUCCCACCAUGCGCACAGAAAAAGAGCUGGCUAGCUGAUACAUGAAUGGCUCGGGAGAAAAUGCUCCAGAGGUGAACAAAAUUUGCUUCUUAGGGGUUGAGGUGAUGUUGUUAAUUAAGUGGGAGAAAUUGUGGUUACAGCGGUGAUGAAUGUGUUCUUUGUGUAUUUCAUUUUUGUUUGUUACCUUUCCUUAUUAAAAAAAAUAUACUAAUUUCCAGAUGGUGGUUGUGGGAGUGCAGUAGUCCAAGGUUUGGUAAAUUGGGGUGCAUGAAAGGGUCUGUCAUGGGGCACCCUGUUUACUAUUUUGUUGAGUGUUUUUCCUUUUCUCAAAUGAAAAAUAUUCCCCGCA